AUGGAAGCUCGUAAGAUCAAGACAAUGCACGCAGCAGUCGGCAUCGCACGAGACAACUUUGACAUCGAGUGGUGGUUGAUCAACCGACGAUCAAGUUACACGUUUAUUGUCCGCGUGUUGGCGUACGUGAAUCGUUUUAUUCGGGCGCUUCAAGGAGCGGUCUUAGAACCAUUGUUGACUCCAAGUGAACUCUAUCAAGCCAAGGUACAACUAGCUCAAGCAGCUCAACACGUAUCUUUUGAACGGGAACUACGAUUGAUUCGAAACGGCCGGGAAGUAUCAUUCAAACCACUGGCUGGUUUGCAUCCCUUUCUGGAUGGAACUGGAACGAUGCGAGUAGGCGGUCGUCUGCAACUGGCACCUUACUCCUAUGAUAUUAAGCACCCUAUCAUACUUCCACGUGAUAGCCGUGUAACGGAAUUGCUAUUGCGAGAUCUUCACCUCCGCAACAUGCAUGCAGGAUCAAACUUACUAACAUCUACGAUAAAUCAACAAUAUUGGGUAGUCGGACACAACACAGCUGUUCGACGAAUUGUAAAGCAUUGUGCUCGCUGUGUAAGAUUGAAGGGGAAAACAGCGACUCAAUUGAUGGGAAGCUUACCAGUGCCUCGUGUGAUUGCAACUCGUGCUUUCACUCAUGUUGGCGUAGACUACGCAGGGCCGUUGAAGAUCCAUGCUUCGUGCGUUCGUGGUGUCAAAACGACAAAGGGAUAUUUAGCGGUAUUCGUGUGCUUAUCAACAAAAGCCAUUCAUCUGGAGGCAGCUAGUGAUUUAUCUACAAGUGUGUUCAUUGCAGCACUAAGGCGAUUUAUUUCACGACGUGGAUAUCCAAAUGAGAUUUGGUCGGAUAAUGGCACAAAUUUUGUUGGUGCUGACCGUUGGCUCCAGGAGAUGUCUGCUGCACUUUCGUCUGGAACGUCAAGGGUUAGUCAUUUUUUGUCAAAUUUGGGCAUCAAAUGGAUGUUCAACCCUCCAUCAUCACCGCACCGUGGAGGAAUUUGGGAGGCGGCGGUCAAGAGCGCCAAGAAACAUCUGGUGGCAGUUCUAGGAACAUCAGCGAUGACUUACGAAGAGUUAGCAACGAUUUUGACGCAAGUAGAAGCCUGUCUAAAUUCCAGGCCUCUUUGUCCGCUUUCUAGUAAUCCUGACAGUUACGAAGCACUGACUCCCGGGCAUUUUAUUGUUGGUCAUCCGAUGAAUCUUAUUCCCGAACCUGAUGUCCGGAAGGUUCCUACAAACCGUUUAGAUCAAUGGCAGCUUAUGCAAAAACAUACAGCUGAAAUUUGGAGGCGAUGA